AUGUCGUCCGACGAGAUGAAGGCCGAGCACAUCAAUGGCAGCAACGGCACUGCCACUCACGACCACGCGGGCGCUGGUCAGCGCAAGCCAUACGACUAUGGCGGCAACCCUCUCGCACACAUCAACACCGGCGACUCGGCGCGUCUUGCUGCCUUCGGUGGUGAGCUUCAGCCAGGUCUCUACAGAGGCACCGAGAAGCGCAAGUUCGCCAACCCGGCUCCUCUCGGACUGUGCGGUUUCGCCCUCACCACCUUCCUCCUGUCCCUGAUCAACUUGGGCACCCGCGGCCUCAGCGAGCCCAACAUUGUCAUUGGUGCUGCUUUCGCAUACGGCGGUCUCUGCCAGCUUCUUGCCGGCAUGUGGGAAAUGGCCGUUGGCAACACUUUUGGUGCUACUGCUCUGUCCUCAUACGGUGGUUUCUGGAUCGGUACUGCCAUCAUCCUCACGCCUGGUGGCUUCCAGAUCAUUUCGACACUUGAAGCAGAGAGCCCUGCGCCAUUCAUGAACUCUUUCGGUCUUUACUUGAUGGGAUGGUUCAUCUUUACCUUCCUACUAUUGCUAUUGACUUUGAGAUCAACUGUGGCCUUCUUCUUCCUGUUCUUCACACUGGAUUUGGCCUUCUUGUUCCUGGCCAUUGCCUACCUCGACUUCAACGCAGAAGGACCCAACACCCCACUCCUCCGUGCUGGGGGUGCUUUCGGUAUCAUCGCUGCCUUUGCUGCAUGGUACAACGCCUUUGCCGGUAUGGCCGACUCGAGCAACUCCUUCUUCCUCAUCCCAGUCGCCCACUUCCCAUGGUCGGAGAAGGGCCGUGAAAAGCGCGGAAAGGUCGACAACAGCAGUGAGCGAGCUGCGCAGAACGUCUAA